UCACGCUCACCGACAGCAUGGUCCCGCAACGCGUCGGGCCCCACAAACCAGUGUCCGCUGCGGCCCAUCGAUCCCCACCGCAAAUUGCCCCCACGGCCUUCCUCGAGUAUACCUCGUCCCCUCCCUACUAAAAGCAAGCAAGACGCGGAGGAGAGAGAAACAGGGGCAGAUUCUCCUCGUCGUCGCCGAGUUUUGUCCAGCAGAGGAGGCAAGGGCGAGCAGAGGCACCGAGAUGACUCAUAUCCUUGCCAAAACCGAUUAGAUCUGCGCUUUUUUUUCAUAUAUUUGCUUGUUUGAUCUAUUGUUGUUUCGAUUCUAUUUUUGAUCUGUUGUUUCGUCCUUGACUCGCGCGAACGCGGCAACCAGAGGGAGCGCGACCGCGAGCGCGCGGCAGCGCAGAAGCCCAACGCCAAGGGGCCCCAGGACGGGCUUACCCCGGAGCAGCGCCGCGAGAGGGACAAGAAAGCGCUGGAGGAGAAUGCGGCUAAGAGGUGCAGCAGGCGGCGGCCGGCGCCACCUACCCUCCACGGACAACAAGAACAAGGGCGGCGGCAAGAAGUAGGCGGUACUGGCGCCGCCAACGCGUGCGGCGCAACCUCUGUACGAUUAUCGAUGCCAUUAGCUUGUACCUUCGCAUCUACGUAGAUGCGAUGUUUGUUAGGUCAUAAACUCCUCAUCUGCAAGCUUUCAGUUACCCGAUACAUCAUGAAUUGGUGAUGGCAAUAAUACGUGGUGUUCUGGUUUUGUAGGUCAUGUUCUGAGUGACUUUGCAAUUGAUGGAUUUUUUUAGUAUCAUAACUAGCAUACAGGGUGCAUGAGCUAUAUUGUAAGAGAACUCUUGCCAUCUGUAAACAACAGUCUUCAAGCAUGUUGAAACUGGAAAAUAGAUGAGAGAAUUAUUUUCUUAGCCCUAAAAAAAUUGUGCUUAGUUUCUUGACUCUUUUUCUAUUGAACUUGGCUAUUUGGUCCCAAAACGAGUAAUUGAUUUAUUAAUAACAAUAUCUACUUUUCAGUAGCUCAAAUGGUAUGUUAGUGAUUUUUGCUGGAUCCAACAUGUGUAAAUAUGACUCAAGUGAAAUUUUCACUGAUUUACAUGAUCCUGUGAUUUUCUCUGAUUUAAAAACUGAAAAUAGAUUUAUAAAUUCCUAGGAGUUAUUUGUCAUGUGGGGCCGGACAUACCAGCGCCGGCCACGUAAAAAGGAUGCCGCACAAAGUGGCUAGAAACUAGGGAUGAGAUCAUUCGGUUGUUUCUGUUUCCUUAAGCUAGAAGUCAAGGACUUAUUUAAAGGAUUGUAAUCGGAUUAUAAAGGGUUAAGCAAAGUAUUAUCCAACCUCCUAUCUCUAUCUCUCUCAAUCUCACCUCCUUCACCAUUGGGCGAUCAGCGGAGAACCCCGGCACCUCUACCAGCGGCGGCUACGAACUACGCAGUCGUGGCCCCUCUACCCUAGACGCCAGUGCCCUUGACAACCUGGUAUCAGCUUCCAGGCGAUCCUCGUCCACCUCCCAUCCACCACUGCCAAACCCUAACCCGCCCACCACCACACUACUAGCCCAAAACCCAUCUGUUACGUCCUCCAUGGCCGAACCAACCCCGUCCGAGCUUGCGGCCCUCAUCACCAAGCUCACGGCAUCUGUGGAAAGUCUCCAGACCAAGGUCGAGGCGCUGCAGCAAGACCAGUGCGCCGACUCGUCGUCAUCGGGCGGUCGUGGUCCGUUCGGCGGCGAACACCACAAUGAUCGACCUCCGCGUUUUCAGAAGAUGGACUUCCCCAAGUUUGAUGGCAAAUCGGAUCUGCUAGCGUCCAUCAAUCACUGCGAGUCCUAUUUCCAUCAACAGCGCAUCGCCGAGGAGGAGAAGGUCUGGAUGGCCUCCUACAACUUGGAAGAGGCGACCCAGCUUUGGUACAUCCAAGUGCAGCGCGACCAGGGCACCCCGCCAUGGCGCCGCUUCAUGGAACUUCUUCAUCUACGCUUUGGGCUGCCCCUGUGCUCCAACCCCCUUGGCGAACUCAUGGCGUGCAAGCGUUCUGGCUCCGUCGUCGACUUCCAGGAGCAGUUCGAGGUGCUCCUUCUUUGUGCCGGCACGCUCACGGAGGAACAGAAGGUCCAGAUCUUCACGGCCGGGCUGCAAGCUCCUCUGAGCCUCGACGUGGAGAUUCAUAACCCGCAGUCUCUCGCCGUCGCCAUGAGUUUUGCUCGCAAGCUCGAGAUGAGCGAUCCGUGUGCGGUCGCGGCUACUCCAACUCCGACGACAUCACACGCAGGUCAACGUGGCAUCCUCCCCAUGCCACAACGCCUCGACACCCGCUCCAACCCCGUCGGCCACCCCUACACCGACCCAGGCGAUAGUUGAAGGCCGGUCGGUGAAGCGCCUGUUGCAGUUCGAUAUGGAGGAGUGGCGUCGCCUUGGGCUGUGAUUCAACUGCAAUGAGCACUUCGCGCGCGGCCACAAUUGCGUGUGCCAGUGCCUGUUCCUUGUCGACCUCGCGGAGGAGGAUGACGAUGCGCCCGUCGACACCGAGGAGCCCACCGACGAGACACCGCAGAUCUCGCUGCACGCCAUCACUGGCGUUCGCACCGGGGACACCAUGCAGCUGCAAA